CUCUUUUACCUCAUGUCUAUGUGUUCACCUGCUUCAGAUCCCUUAGUAGCCUAGUGGUCUCAUUGCGUCCGCAAAUGCAGUCAUACUGCGUCCAAGACAAGUAUCUCGACCCGAUUGCUCCGACAGAUGCCUGGGCUGCCUUCCUUGCCGCUCGGUUUUCUGACAGGCGGGAGCUCUAUGAGAGCUUCUCGGAUCAUGAAAAAGAGACGGUAAGGAAAGAGCUGCGGCGUAUCCGCUACUUGAGGGAUUACUUUGCUGGUCAUCGGCUGUCAGCAUCCGACAUCUUACCAGUCCUCGACUGCCUAGAACAAUCACACAAUGGAUGGAGAGAACGAGCCAGUCGGCGAUGCAAGGAUGAGCUGCACCGUUGUGAAGUUGCGAUCGCAAGAGCCAGCGGGUAUCGGAGGGCGGAGCUGAACAGACAACGCUCGAUUCUCAAGCAAGUGGAGCAGUGGCCGACACAGGAGUAUGCUCGCCUUCGGCAGUUGAUUUCGCCGGUGAGCUUCAUCCCGGGCUUAGAAGCCGAGGAAGACAGCGUCGACGACAAUCCCGCCGAGUCGAACUAUGGAUACAACGGCUGGGUCAUUGUGUUCGACAGGGAAAAGGGCGGAGUCAACCUAAGCCACCCACUGUGCCAUGGCAAGUUCCCCCACCAGAAGAUAUCGGUCCAAAGGUUGCUGUACGAUAAGGAGCACACGCCGCUCCAGCGCUCGGCCGACAGGACAUGCCUCAGGUACUUCCAUCUCCAAGCGAACAAUAUGAAAUGGGUAGAGGAUGCUAUUGCUCGAUAUUAUCAAGAGGACAACUCUCAACCCGCGCCACGGGGCGCGCUACAUAGCACAGCCACCUCCAAGCCGCAGACCAAUACUGAAAGACUCUUGAAGCGAGAGCUCUGGCACGGACAGGACAGAGGAGGUGUCAGGCCUCACAUGCCACCUUGCUCGCGCCAGAUCCGGCCUCGCUGUGCCCUUGUGCCGUCGCCGGAAUACGUCGGUCACCCGGGUUCAGCCGACUCUCAAGACAUUGUUUUGUUCAUGCCUUACUUGCACUGGGAGAUAGAGAAACGCCUAGUCCGUAUGACCAAUGUCAUUCGAAAGACCAAGCAGAUGAACGAUCAGGAGUUUGCUUUUGAACGAAUAAGCAAGCGGAAAGGGACAUGGGGUAGUGUGGUUGAGCGCGCCAAGGCCAUGGCCAGGCGCAUAGACAGCACUGUGCCGGACCUUGGAGCGCUGGACGAUGGUAGUCCCCCAUGGAAGCCUCAGUCGCCACUGGGAAGCUAUCUCUGGUGUGCGGCAAAACUAUUUCAACUCAUCGACGAGGCAGCAGAUUCGCGCUUGAUCAAUGACCACCUGUGCACGCAGUCACCCCUCCACCCCAGACGCACCCUCGAGCAGUAUUACUACUGGACUGCUGAAGACACCACGCCUCGAGACCGGCAACAGGUUGUAUAUCGGGCAACUCGCAUGAGAAAUGACCCCGAAGCAAUACCACGAGUGGUAAUGGUCGACCAGCUCUGGAUGUGGAUCUUGGACGAAAACACCAUUCUCACCGCAUUUCCUCGCAGAUGGGGCCGGAACAAGCCUGAUCCUUCGGCUGUCCACCGGGCAAUUCGAGAUCAUCUUGGAGCCGUGGACAACAGUCAGGUCCGGUCCAUCUAUGACCUGGCACUCAUCAUCGUUGACGAAUGCUCGAAGGUGUUCUUCGACAGGACAAAGCCUGACCUCAGACCCGAGGUAGUCGACAUGUUCGGAUCCGCGAUAUCCACCGUGUCCGAAAAGAAAUCCGAGGCGUAUGAGCGAUUUGGGCGCGACGUCAAACGGAUGAACACACAUGAUCCGCUUCAAACAUCCGAGGAGCUCCUGCGGAAGUCGUUGAACAUCAAGUUUGAGUGGUCUGUGUUAAUGGAGGCGCAAAGCAUCAUUGACCAGCUGCAGAUCAUGCAAGAGAUCUUCACUCAACAGAUCACGGUUAUGAGCGACUUUGAGAAGGCUCUGCGCGGCUUGAAUCCAGAGAGCCACGAAGGACUCGAAAGCACUCUGGAUCGAGCAGGGACGUUGAUAAUGGAUAUGAAGUUACGGAGGGAGGAGCUCUCAAACCUAGAAAAGCGGCAGGCCAACACCAGAAGCCAGCUUCGUGAGCUCCUGGAUAUGAAACAACAACAGGCCGGGAUCAUCGAGGCCAAAGCAGCUAUCCGGCGAGCGGAUGAGUCGGUCAUUCAGGGAAGGUCGAUCGUGGUCUUCACCGUUGUUACUAUUUUCUUCCUGCCCCUCUCCUUCUUCGCGACACUGUUCGGCAUGAACGCCCAAGAGCUCAACGGCGGCACCAUGUCACUGGGCGCCCAGCUUAUGUGGAUGUUCGUGAUAUCCAGUCUUGUUAUUUGCCUGUCUUUGGCAAUUGCGUUUAGCGCAAGGGCGAGAACGGCAAUAUUCGGUGCACUCCGAGGUUCUUUUGGCUACCUCGAACGUCCAACGAAAGGCCACACAGCAGCAAGAGGUCAUCUGGCAAGCGCGUCUCCACGUGCACUCCGAGACUUCAUGAUCGCAAAGCAAAAGGAAUGGGAGAGCAAAACCGGGGUUGAGGACGCUGCCAGGGGGGCUUUACCGUUGCAUCAAGGUCGAGAAGAGAAGUUGGGAAGGUCAAGCAUGAUGGCAAGGUUGUGGAAAAGGAAAUCAGGGCCGAGAGAGGGGGGGAGGGUAUGAAAAGUUUGUCAACGGACGCUACUAGUACUAGUAGUCAGUCAAAUCUUCGCAACGAGUACAGUCUUCAGCAAGAAA